CUCUUGUUGCGGCCUCGGCGAGGGUGGGGAAUGGUGUCGCCUAGCAGCCGCCGUCGCUAUUACUCGCUUGGGACCAGUUGGCGGGAUCCAGUGUCCGACUGGAACGGCGCUGGAGAGCGGUCAGGUUUGGCGGCUGGGCCGGGCCGAGUGGGCAAGGUAGCUGAGAGGCCGCCGCUGGUUGCCAGGUUUGGUGUAGGUAAAGCACAGUGAAAGAAUUCAAGAUGCCACCUAAUAUAAACUGGAAAGAAAUAAGAAAGGUUGACCCAGAUGAGCUGCCUCGUCAAGAAGAAUUGGCAGAUAAUUUAUUGAUUUCCUUAUCCAAGGUGGAAGUAAAUGAACUAAAAAGUGAAAGUCAAGAAAAUAUGAUACACCUUUUUAGAAUUACUCAAUCACUAAUGAAGAUGAAAGCCCAAGAAGUAGAGCUAGCUUUGGAAGAAGUUGAAAAAGCUGGAGAAGAACAAGCAAAAUUUGAAAAUCAAUUAAAAACUAAAGUAAUGAAACUGGAAAAUGAACUAGAGAUGGCACAGCACGCUACAGGUGGGCGUGACACUCGGUUUUUACGUGAUGAAAUUCGCCAACUUGAAAAGCAGUUGGAACAAAAAGAUAGAGAAUUGGAGGACAUGGAAAAAGAGUUGGAGAAAGAGAAGAAAGUUAAUGAACAAUUGGCUCUUCGAAAUGAGGAGGCAGAAAAUGAAAACAGCAAAUUAAGGAGAGAGAAUGAACAGCUUCGUCAGGAUAUUAUUGACUAUCAAAAACAAAUAGAUUCGCAAAAAGAAACACUUUUAUCAAGAAGAGGAGAAGACAGUGACUACCGAUCACAAUUGUCUAAAAAAAACUAUGAACUCGUCCAAUAUCUGGAUGAAAUUCAGACUUUAACAGAAGCUAAUGAGAAAAUUGAACUUCAGAAUCAAGAAAUGAGAAAAAAUUUAGAGGAGUCUGUCCAGGAAAUGGAGAAGAUGACUGAUGAAUAUAAUAGGAUGAAAGCUGUUGUGCAUCAGACAGAUAGUAUGAUGGACCAGUUAAAAAAAGAAAAUGAUCAUUACCGGCUUCAAGUGCAGGAGCUUACAGAUCUUCUGAAAGCAAAAAAUGAAGAAGAUGAUCCAAUCAUGGCAGCUGUCAAUGCAAAAGUAGAAGAGUGGAAGUUAAUUUUGUCUUCUAAAGAUGAUGAAAUUAUUGAGUAUCAGCAAAUGUUACAUAGUCUGCGGGACAAACUGAAAAAUGCCCAGCUUGAUGCUGAUAAAAGUAAUGUUAUGGCUCUACAACAGGGUAUACAAGAGCGAGAUAGUCAAAUUAAAAUGCUCACUGAGCAAGUUGAACAAUAUACAAAAGAAAUGGAAAAAAAUACGUUUAUAAUUGAAGAUCUGAAAAAUGAGCUCCAAAGAAAUAAAGGAGCUUCAACACUUUCGCAACGGACUCAUUACAUGAAAAUUCAGUCUAAGGUUCAAAUUUUAGAAGAGAGAACUAAAGAGGCUGAGAGAACAGCUGAAUUGGCUGAAGCUGAUGCUAGGGAAAAGGAUAAAGAACUGGUUGAGACUUUGAAGCGAUUAAAAGAUUAUGAAUCCGGAGUUUAUGGUUUAGAAGAUGCUGUUAUUGAAAUAAAGAAUUGUAAAAACCAAAUUAAAAUAAGAGAUCGGGAGAUUGAAGUAUUGACAAAGGAAAUCAAUAAGCUUGAGUUGAAGAUCAAUGAUUUUCUUGAUGAAAAUGAGGCACUUAGGGAGCGAAUGGGCCUUGAACCAAUGACAAUGAUUGAUUUAACUGAAUUUAGAAAGAGCAAAAGUUUAAAGCAGCAGCAAUACAGAGCUGAAAACCAGAUUCUUUUGAAAGAGAUUGAAAGUCUAGAGGAAGAACGACUUGAUCUGAAGAAAAAAAUUCGUCAAAUGGCUCAAGAAAAAGGAAAAAGAACUGUCACUUCAGGAUUAAUUGCUGAGGACCUGAACCUAACUGAACACUUUUCUCAAGAGAAUAGAAUGAGAGAAAGAAAAUUUGAUUUCAUGAGCCUCAAAAAUAUGAGUGAAGAACAGUCAAAGAAUGAAUUUCUUUCAAGAGAACUAAUUGAAAAGGAAAGAGAUUUAGAAAGAAGUAGAACAGUAAUAGUGAAAUUUCAAAAUAAGUUAAAAGAAUUAGUUGAAGAAAAUAAGCAACUUGAAGAAGGUAUGAAAGAAAUAUUGCAAGCUAUUAAGGAAAUGCAGAAAGAUCCUGAUGUUAAAGGGGGGGAAACAUCUCUAAUUAUUCCCAGUCUUGAAAGACUAGUUAAUGCUAUAGAAUCAAAGAAUGCAGAAGGAAUAUUUGAUGCCAAUCUGCAUUUAAAAGCCCAAGUUGAUCAACUUACUGGAAGGAAUGAAGAAUUAAGACAGGAGCUCAGAGAAUCUCGGAAAGAGGCUAUAAAUUAUUCUCAGCAGUUGACAAAAGCACAUUUAAAGAUAGAUCAUCUUGAAAAAGAAACCAGUCUUUUACGACAAACAGAAGGAUCAAAUGUUGUGUUUAAAGGAAUAGACUUACCUGUUGGGAUAGCACCAUCUAGUGCCAAUAUUAUUAAUUCUCAGAAUGAAUAUUUAAUACAUAUCUUACAGGAACUAGAAUAUAAAGAAAAUAAGUUAAAGAAUUUAGAAGAUUCUCUUGAAGACUAUAACAGAAAAUUUGCAGUAAUUCGUCAUCAACAAAGCUUAUUAUAUAAAGAAUACCUAAGUGAAAAGGAGAACUGGAAAACAGAAUCUGAAACAAUGAAAGAGGAAAAAAAAAGACUUGAGGAUCAAAUCCAACAAGAUGCUAUAAAAGUAAAAGAAUAUAAUAAUUUGCUCAGUGCUCUUCAGAUGGAUUCAGAUGAAAUGAAAAAAACACUUGCAGAAAAUAGUAGAAAGAUCACAGUCUUACAGGUGAAUGAAAAGUCACUCAUCCGGCAAUAUACUACUUUGGUAGAAAUGGAGAGACAGCUUAGAAAAGAAAAUGGGAAACAGAAGAAUGAAUUGAUGUCAAUGGAGGCUGAAGUUGGUGAAAAAAUUGGACGUUUGCAACGUUUUAAGGAAAUGGCCGUUUUCAAGAUUGCAGCACUACAAAAAGUUGUAGAUAAUAGUGUCUCUCUGUCGGAACUAGAACUGGCCAAUAGACAAUACAAUGAACUAACUGCUAAGUACAGAGAUAUCUUGCAAAAAGAUAAUAUGCUUGUUCAAAGAACAAAUAACUUGGAACACCUAGAGUGUGAAAAUGUAUCCCUAAAAGAGCAAAUGGAGUCUAUCAGCAAAGAACUGGAGAUUACCAAAGAAAAGCUUCACACCAUUGAACAAGCCUGGGAACAAGAAACUAAAUUAGGAAAUGAAUCUAACAUGGAUAAGGCAAAGAAAUCUGUAACCAACAGUGAGAUUGUUUCUAUUUCAAAAAAAAUCACUAUGCUGGAGAUGAAGGAAUUAAAUGAAAGGCAGCGGGCUGAACAUUCUCAAAAAAUGUACGAACAUGUGAAGACUUCACUACAGCAAAUGGAAGAACGCAAUUUUGAAUUGGAAACCAAAUUUGCUGAGCUUACCAGGAUCAAUUUGGAGGCACAGAAAGUGGAACAGAUGUUAAGAGAUGAAUUAGCUGAUAGUGUGAGUAAGACAGUAAGUGAUGCUGACAGGCAACACAUUCUAGAAUUAGAGAAGAGUGAAAUGGAACUAAAGGUUGAAGUAUCAAAACUAAAAGAGAUUUCUGAUAUUGCCAAAAGGCAAGUUGAAAUUUUGAAUGCACAACAACAGUCCAGGGAGAAGGAAGUAGAGUCCAUCAGAACACAGCUGUUAGACUAUCAGGCACAGUCUGACGAAAAGGCGCUCAUUGCCAAGCUGCACCAACAUGUAGUCUCUCUCCAAGCUGGUGAGGCUGCUGCUCUCGGUAAGCUGGAGUCACUUACAGCUAAACUGCAGAAGGUGGAGGCCCAGAAUUUGCGCUUAGAGCAGAAACUUGAUGAAAAAGAACAAGCUCUCUUUUAUGCCCGUUUGGAGGGGAGAAACAGAGCAAAACAUCUGCGCCAAACAAUUCAGUCUCUACGACGACAAUUUAGUGGAGCUUUACCUUUGGCACAACAGGAAAAGUUCUCUAAAACAAUGAUUCAGUUACAAAAUGACAAACUUAAGAUAAUGGAAGAAAUGAAAAAUUCUCAACAAGAGCAUAGAAGUCUGAAGAACAAAACACUAGAGAUGGAAUUAAAGUUAAAGGGACUGGAAGAUUUAAUAAGCACUUUAAAGGAUGCCAGGGGAGCCCAAAAGGUAAUCAGUUGGCACACAAAAAUAGAAGAACUCCGUCUUCAAGAGCUUAAACUCAAUCGAGAAUUAGUCAAGGAUAAAGAAGAAAUAAAAUAUUUGAAUAAUAUAAUUUCCGAAUAUGAGCAUACAAUCAGUAGUCUGGAGGAAGAAAUUGUGCAGCAGAAUAAGUUUCAUGAAGAAAGACAAAUGGCUUGGGAUCAGAGAGAAGUUGAACUGGAACGUCAACUAGAUGUUUUUGACCGUCAGCAAAAUGAAAUACUAAGUGAAGCACAAAAGUUUGAAGAGGCUACAGGAUCAAUGCCAGACCCUAGUUUGCCCAUUCCGAAUCAACUUGACAUUGCUCUAAGAAAAAUUAAGGAAAAUAUCAGAAUAAUCAUAGAAACCCAAGCAACUUGCAGAUCAUUGGAAGAGAAACUAAGAGAAAAAGAAUCUGCUUUACGGUUAGCAGAGGAGAAUAUUCUGUCAAGAGACAAAGUAAUCAAUGAACUGAGGCUUCGAUUGCCUGCCACUGCAGAACAAGAAAAGCUUAUAGCUGAGUUCUGCAGAAAAGAGGUGGAACCAAAAUCUCAUCACACAUUGAAACUUGCUCAUCAGACCAUUGCAAACAUGCAAGCAAGGUUAAAUCAAAAGGAAGAAGUGUUGAAGAAGUAUCAGCAUCUGCUAGAAAAAGCCAGAGAGGAGCAAAGAGAAAUUGUUAAGAAACAUGAAGAAGAACUUCAUAUUCUUCAUCGUAAAUUAGAACUUCAGGCUGAUAGUUCACUCAGUAAAUUCAAAGAAACAGCUUGGGAUUUGAUAAAACAGUCUCCCACUCCAGUUCCUACCAACAAGCAUUUUAUUCGUUUGGCUGAGAUGGAACAGACAGUAGCAGAGCAAGAUGACUCUCUCUCCUCACUUGUGAUCAAACUAAAACAAGUAUCUCAAGAUUUAGAGAGACAAAAAGAAAUCACUGAAUUAAAAAUCAAAGAGUUUGAGAAUGUGAAAUUACGGCUCCAAGAAAAUCAUGCAGAUGAAGUGAAAAAAAUAAAAACAGAAGUAGAGAAUUUGAGGUGUCUUCUGGUGCAAUCACAAAAGGAGUCACAAAGUUUAAAAUCUGAACUUCAGACUCAAAAAGAAGCAAAUUCAAGAGCUCCAACAACUAAAAUGAGAAAUCUAGUAGAAAGGCUAAAGAGCCAACUAGCCUUGAAAGAGAAACAACAAAAAGCACUUAGUCGGGCACUGUUGGAACUUCGGGCAGACAUGACCGCAGCAGCUGAAGAACGUAUUAUCUCUGUGACUUCUCAGAAAGAGGCAAAUCUCAAUGUCCAACAGAUUGUGGAUCGACAAACUAAAGAGCUAAAGUCACAAGUUGAAGAUUUAAGUGAAAAUAUUUUAAAACUUAAAGAAGCUCUUAAAACAAGUAAAAACAGAGAAAACUCACUAACUGAUAAUUUGAAUGACUUAACCAAUGAACUGCAAAAUAAACAAAAAGCCUAUAGUAAAAUGCUUAGAGAGAAAGAUGGAGUUGAUCAAGAGAAUAAUGAACUGAAGAGGCAAAUUAAAAGAUUAACCAGUGGAUUACAGGGCAAACCUCUGAUGGAUAACAAACAAAGUUUAAUUGAAGAACUCCAAAAGAAAAUUAAAAAGCUAGAAAGUCAACUGGAAAGAAAGAUGGAUGAAGCAGAAAUGAAACCUAUGAAAGAAAAGAGUGCCAGAGAAGAAGUAAUUAGGUGGGAAGAAGGUAAAAAAUGGCAAGCCAAAAUAGAGGGAAUUCGAAACAAGUUAAAAGAGAAAGAGGGAGAAGUCUAUAUUCUAACAAAGCAAUUGACUACUUUGAAGGAUCUUUUUGCCAAAGCUGAUAAAGAGAAACUUACCCUGCAAAGAAAACUGAAAACAACUGGCCUGACUGUAGAUCAGGUUAUGGCAGCACGAGCACUGGAGUCAGAAAAAGAGUUAGAAGAAUUGAAAAAGAGAAAUCUUGACUUAGAAAACGACAUAUCAUAUAUGAGGACUCAUCAAGCUCUUCCUCGAGAUUCUGUUAUAGAAGACUUACGUUUGCAAAAUAAAUACCUCCAAGAAAAACUUCAUGCUUUAGAAAAGCAGUUUUCAAAGGAUGCAUAUUCUCGGCCUUUACAGAAUCUGUUAUGUGACACAACCGCGCGUUCUCCUCUUGCCGCCAGUGUUAGUAAAUGCAGGCAUAAUAUUUUUCACAAAAAGAAUACUUUACCCAGGAACCAAAACAGCCGCAUGACAGUGCUCAGAGUUAAAAAUAGGAAAGAGGUAGAUGUUAGUGCCAACUUACAUCGUCAGUUACCUAGACACAAUCUACAGUGUUACAGUAGUGAAGAAAAACCCAAAGCAGAAGAUAUUGUAGAUCCUACUGAGUUAAAUAAAUCUGAAUCAAGAACAAACAAUACAUCAAGUCCAUUUAGGUCAACUGAAGGUACCGUGACCGAUUUUAACCCCAAUUUUGAAAAUGAUCCAAAUCCUAAAGUUCAGAAAAUUAAUGAAGACUGUUGUGAAAAUGAUGAGCAGGAAGAUAAAAACAGGGAAGAGAAAGCUACACAAGAUGAGAAAGAAAAGGGACACGUAACUGAAGAAGAGAGUCCCAGCAAGCACAUGGAUCCAGGAGAAUCUUCUGGGGAGGACCGCGGCCAGGCCUCAGGGGUGGCUGCACGGAGUCAGCGUGCGGAGGAGGGCGCAGAGGCACACUCUGAAGGCAGCGCGCCAGUCCAGCCAGGAAAUGAAGCGGCCCGGGUUUGAGCACAGGCAGUCCUUUAUUUCUCUGUUGGCCGAGUUUUCUCAUAGCAAGUAGCAUAUGCGUCUGGUACAGAUGGAAACAAAUUGUGUCAGAUUUGUAAAAAACAUUAACUGUUAAUAAACUUCUUAAACCCUAAUGUUUGACUCAUUCCUACUAAAACUUAGUGGUCGUGCAUUUCUCUAAUUCAUUUUAGUAUUCUGUUUUACUACUGGUAUUCACUUAAAAAGUAUUAGAUUAGAUAACAGAAUAACAAAAAUAAGGCCCUUUUAGAAGUGUUCGUUUUGCCUUAGAAAUUCCUAAUUCAGCAUGUUGUAAAAUCUCACUGCAAGUCAGAUUUCACUACAAGAAAUAAUAUUGAUAAAAAUCUGUUAUGAUGCUGUGUAACAUUCUAAUAUACACAGCAAGUUCCUUUGAUGAUCUUUUUGCCUUGUAUUAUAAGAUACUUUUUUAUAUAAUGAGAAAAGUGAGUUAUAUGUAUUGCCUAGGUAUAGUUCUCACAAUACUCUGCAGAGAAUUAUUUCUGUUUUACAUGGGAAGCUUGGAGAAACAUCUCUAGUGAGCAAGAAGAUGCAGAACUAGGAUUUAUAUGGAGGUCUAAUUCUACAGUUAAUGAACUUUCUACAUAUGCUCUACUUUUGGUCAAUAUACAUGGCAGUCCAGAGUAAGAAGUUCGUUCUGAGUUGAAAUCAAAUAGCAUUCAUUCAUUUCUUCAUUCCUUUCCACCUUGGAUAUUCUAGUCACUUAAGUCAUCAUUAAAUUAGACAUUUAAAUUAAGAGAAAAUGGGCAAAAAUGACUUAAUUCUUAUUUCCUUUUUCAGGCACAUAAUACUUCUUUUUUUUCUUUUUUUUCACUUGAUAAUAAGUAAUUGAGAAUUUGAGACUUCCCCUGUAUACCUUUUAAUAAGAUUCUCCUUCUACAGAACAGUUUGUUAAGUCUCCCUGAAAUUGAUUAUACAAGAAUUUUUUUAUUUUACUUUUAUAGAUGAGUUUUAUUAGAUUUGUUUUCCAAAAAUUUGAGCAAUCUUAGCCCUUUUGUUUUCUGAGAACAGGAAGAAAAAAAUGAUCCACAUUCACUUACUUGAAUAACUGCAUCUGUAUUUUAGUGAGGAGAACUGUUGAAAAAAUAUCUUCAUGUAAGAUCAGAUAGAAUUAGUCUCUCCUGUGAGUGAAAUUUAGUAUAUAUCUAUCAAUCAGGGGUACUGAUUAUCAUUGAUUAAUUAUUGUUAUUUUUUGCUAUUGUAAAAAUUGCUCUUGUAGACUGAAGAGAUGAAGUAAGGGAGACAGAAGAGCUCAGGGAUAGGAAACUACAGCUUGCCAUGUCUGAAGAGACCUUAAAAAUCAUCCUACCUAGUGCCUUCACUUGCGAGAUGCAGAAACAGAGGAACUGACAGGCGGUUGGUUUUGCUUAGUGUUAACCUUAACAGUAGUGAAACCAGAAUGUAGACUUGGGUCAUCUGACAAAGGAGGGACAUAUUGCUGUAGUUUACUGACACCAUGAAGCAUGUCUGUCUUCUUUCGCUUUCCACUGUUAAAUUCCUAUGCACACACAUUCUCUCAGACAGAAAUCAGGUGGAUACAUGAAGUGUUUCUGCCAGGGUUGUGUUAUAUGCUCUCAGCUCAGAAUCAUAGGUCAGCUCAAGAAUCUCUUUACUUUUCUACAUCCUAUUUUCUAAUUUCUUUACUUUAACUCUGUUUUACCUAAGAAAACUUACUCCUUUUUAACUUUUUUUUUAACCAAAGAGUGAAUGUGUCAGAAUGUAUUUAAACCUACUGCUAAUUCAAAUGAUGUUACAGAGCCAGGUAUAAUAAAUGUAUUUAUAGAAUAUUAUACCUUAAUAAUAAUGUAUAAUAUAUCAGUCUAUAAUAAUAUGAUGAUCAUAAUAAUGUCUCUGGAAUUAUUGACUUGAUAGUUAAUCAAGCCAAGAGAAUAGAAUGGGAGAGAAAAAACUAAAACUGUUCUGAGUUGCUUUCACAAAAUUAUCUCAUAUAGUGCUCUUUAACGGUCUUAUAAGUGGGUAUCUUUACUACCUUGUAGUAAAAAAUAACCAAGCACAUAUUUCUCUUUCAAAUAAUGUACAGUUUAGAAUGAGAAAUAAGUAUGAACAUUGAUAAUAGCCCCCCAAGGUGGUUUCAUGCCAAAACAAAUGCAAAUAAAGUGUUACUGGAUUUCAGAGGAGGGAGUAAUUAUUUUAGCUCCAGGAAUGAGGAAUAACUUUCUAAAGGAGGAAGGAAUUUAGGCACCUUUUGUAGGCUUGUGUAUUCAUCUGCUGUGGCAACCAUAACAGAACACCAAGGAGUUGAUGCCUUAAGCAACAGAAAUUUAUUCUCACAGUUCUGAAAACCAGAAGUCCAAAAUCAAGGUAUCGGCAGAGUUGAUUUCUUCUUUAUUUAGGCUUUGGGGAAAGGAUCCCUUCAGGCCUUUCUUCCGGCUCAUAGAUGGCUAGCUUCCCCCUGUCUCUAUAGUUACUCUCUUCUGUAUAUAUCUAUGUGUCAAAUUUCAUUUUUGUGUAAGUACAUCAGACAUUGGAUUAAGUCCCACCCUAGUGACCCUGUUUUAUCUUAAUUAUCUCUGAAAAGGCCCUAUCUCCAAAUAAGGUCAUUUGAGGUACUGGGAAUUAGAACUUAAACAUAUGAAUUUGGGGGUUUGAUGGGAGUUGGGGCAAAAUGCAAUCUAUAACAGAUAACAAUGUUUUAUUUUGGACUGAAAGAACCACAAAUUAUAUGUGUGGACAUCAUUGAAUCAUACUGACUUUGUUUUCUGUACUAAUUUCAACAGACUGAUUACCUUUUGUGAGUUCGUUUGUUUAUGGUUGUUUUCUCUAGAGCUCUCCAAUUUUCUCAUUCUUUUGAGGAACAGUGUUCCCUUUUAGCAUAGUGUUCUCUUACCCAGCAUGUCUUAUACAGCUUUUAUUUGCCACACCUUAAAAAUACUCCUAACUUCAUUUU